AUGUCGCCAACUCAAGCAAUUCAGUUGCCAAGUCCGCAUCAGAUUUUGAACCGAAAUUACGAACAACCUAAUAAUUCUACUUAUCAUAAUAACGGCUCUGGUAGUUCUAAUAACUCUCCUUCGAAUAAUCACUCGGCAAUACAAAAUACACAAUAUACAUCACCAAAACCUGCCUUGAAUCGUCCACACUCUCCAUCACCAUUAUCUAUGGAAGCUCCUAUGUCGGAGUCUAAAUAUUCGUUUCCUAAUCCAACACCACCUCAUGACACAAAUAAUAACAUGUCAUACAAAUCGUCACCAACCGAUCAAAGUAACGUUUCGACUUCUUUAACACCUUCUCCUUCUAUUCCUUCACCUACCACAGAACCUUUUACAUCUCGUUCUCUUGCACCUCUUGAACCUCAUCAUUCUGCUAUACCGUCUUAUUUGACCACUCCAAGACGUGGUUCAAUUACGGAUCCUUCACUUCAUUUAUCUGUUCCAAAUCCAGAAUUGGCACGACAAUACUCGCAACCUGACAUUAAUUUUCCAUCCACGAGCACAGUUUCUUCUGAACGUCGUGGAUCAUUUGUGGAUCAAUAUCCCCCUUCCCCUUCAUCAUCUCUUUCACGUCCAUCAUCGGUUAUAAGUGAACAAUCUUUUUCACCAAUGGAAACUCGUAAACUUAGGGAUGCUUUACCAUCUAUUAGUACUAGUGCAAGCCCUAUCAAGGAUGGUUUUCCUGGUCCAUUAAUGAAUCCGGCAUUUCAAGCUCAAUUACAACCACGACGACAUUCUAUCGCGGUAGGGGAAGUCGUCGCUCCGUUAAAACGAAAAAAUGUUAUUAAUGUUCCAGUACCAAGCCAUCCAGUUAAUACAGAUGAUUAUCCCGUAAAACGACGAGAAUCUGUUGGAGAUCCAAAUAUACAACGUUUAUCACUUUAUGAUCGUAGAAAUUCUUAUUCUGCUCCAUCUAGUCCACCAGCACCACCAUCUUCAUCUUUUAUUUCUACAACUAAUCUGUUGCCGAAGCUUAACGUUCAUGAUGUAAACACAAGUUUACAAUCUCAUGCUGAAUCGUGUUCAAUCCAUCAUCAAUAUAAUGAUAAUAUUUCUGAUCAUCCAGUGUCAGGCAAUAUAUCACAAGUACAUCUUUCUGAACAGAAUGAAUCUUCUAUCUACCCUCCUUUCAGUAACCCUCGUUUAUCUCAAAUUGUGCAGGAAGAAGUUAGCGCUCCUAUAUUGGCACGUCGUGCUUCAAUGCCAGUAAUGGCUUUUCCUUCUCGAUUUUCUGAACCUGUACAGCAAGAUGGUACAAUGCCGAUGGACGUUGACCGUUAUCGCACACAAGAAACUCCUUAUUCUCGUUCUCCUGAAUUGAGGAUAUCACAUAAAUUGGCUGAACGUAAAAGGAGAAAAGAAAUGAAAGAACUUUUUGAUGAACUUAGAGAUUCAUUACCUGUAGAUAAAAGUUUGAAGACAAGCAAGUGGGAGAUUUUGAGCAAAGCCGUCGAGUUCAUAAACAAUCUAAAGCAUAGUCAAGAUGAAAUGACCAAAGAAGUUGAAUCAUUGAGACAACAGCUUGCUGCGUUAAAAGGAUGUGGCAACGGUGAAUCAAGCACGCAAACUACAACAUCUUAA